AUGGUGUACAACGGCAUUCCGUCCCGCGGCUGCUAUCUCUGCAGGUCCCGCAAGAUCAAGUGCGACGAGACCAAGCCCUUCUGCAAUCGUUGCCGCAAGAGCAAACGACAAUGCCCCGGUUAUCCCGUCAUAACAAAAGCUCACUCGCGGCCCUACCCUGACAGUCGCAAGUCUGUGCGGGAAGGGACUGAAAAGUCCAGCGGCUCGUCAUCUAGCGACGAAGAGGAGCAUUUUGCCAACCGUUGGAUGGUCUAUGCUGCAGACAGAGUAGCUACGGCCUCGCACUCAGUGGACUCGACCAUCAAGAUUCCACUGCACGACGCCGCAUCAUGUCACUUCCUGUCCAAUUGGGUCCUACUUUCGCCACAAGGAACCAAUCGAGGGUUUUUUGAAUUCUUGCUACCCAUUCAGAAGAAGGCGACGUCAGGAAGCCCCUUCCACUUGGCCUUUAAGGCUUGCUCCCUCUCAUCUCUUACCCAACAAGGGCUUGACCCUGCGAUUGAGCGGCAGGCCUCUUCAUACUACGUCAAAGCACUGGCUGCAACUUCCGACGCCCUGUCCCGCCCAAGUGUCGCUACAAGUGACUCUACUCUGGCUACCGUGAUGCUCCUUUCCUUGUAUGAAAUACAGUGCGCUAGCGUACACGGCGUUGAGGGAUGGGCCGCCCACACUUCCGGGUCGAUGCAGCUGAUGAACAGCAGAAGUUGGAAAAAGCUCAACACUGAUCUCGGCAUGGGUAUUUUCGUUGCAGUUCGAGUUAACUUGAUUCUACUCGGUUUACUCCAAGGAAAGCCUCCACCAACGGGAUCGGAUUGGUGGGGUAAAGGAACCUUCAAAGACAGAUAUGCCUUGGUUGGACUCCAUCUAUCAACAAUAACGUCCGAGUUGCGACAUCAACUAGACAAGCUUUUGGACCUUGAUUGCGCUACGCUUGACGACUUUGACCAGCUGUCAAACCUUAUGAGGAAAUUUCAAGCGCUCGAGGCGCAAUGCCGCAACUGGCCUGAAACUCUGCCAGACUAUUUCAAAUUCAGUGUUGCUGCGUGGAUCAGCCAUCGUCCACCAGAUCCGGCCAAGGCGGAGGCCCUUUUGGGUCCCAUCCACAGCUAUCGAGGUCCAUGGGUGGGAGCCAUCUGGAAUAUGGUGCGAACUUCGCGAAUAAUCUUGAUCAACUCGAUACUACGGUGUUCUGCCCUCAUACACGAACGCACCGAUGUGCAAACGCUCCCGGAACACUCCAGCAUGGCGCAAUUAUAUAUCGACGUCAUUCACGAGGCUGUAGCAGGGGUGCCAUAUCAACUUGGCUGGUUCAAGAAUCGCACAGCUCUGCUACCGACCAUGCCCAGUUACGCGUGUGGGCAGAACGGAGCCCAGAGCCGACUUGCAUCAUUUCUUGCCAUGUUUCCAUUGACAAACAUACGAGAUCACGACUUUGCUACGGAUGACCAGCGCGCAUUCGCUGAGGGCCGACUGCAAUAUAUGGCGUAUGGCCUUGGUCUACGCAGCGCAGCGUUUGUUGAGUCCAAAGGACGAAUGCCUUCCGCCAUCAUAUUACAGGACUAUGACUCACGAAGUGCCAGGCAGUGGCGAUACCUUAGGUCGCAAGUCACUAAAGCCGCCGUGGCUGAACCAUUCGAAGACGUGCCGAUUGGCAGUCUACCGGCUGCGCCUACAGCUGAGGUUGCCGAGGACCGUAAACCGACCCUGGAGAGUUUGGAGCUACCCAUUCACCCAGGGUCUCCAUUCCCCAAAUCGGCACAGUUGCAUGACUGA